GGGACGUCCCUACCCGGUAAGGUAAAUGUUAUGAUUAGGGUUAAGGGUAGGGACGACCCAAGGAUCCCCGAUAGAAAUGGUUGGUUGGUGCUGCUACGUCAUCAGAGGCGGUCUCACGCAUGUGUAUCUGUGAGCUUGAGCGGUCGAAGUGUCAGCAGCGCCCGUGCGGAAGAACCGUAGCUAGCUACAGGCAGCGGCAAAAUAAAACCAGCUACAGUCCAGUGCUAGUCCCGACCACCGCAAGGACACAGGGCACAUGAACAGUAGAAUGGCUGCGUCUUCGAACAGGGUAAUGCUGGGGCCUCUCGUUGCUGCCAUCGACCAGGGAACGAGCUCGACGCGGUUCCUGGUGUUCAAUGCUAAAACAGCCGAGCUCCUCAGUCACCACCAGGUUGAGAUCAACCAGAGUUUCCCCAAGGAAGGGUGGGUGGAGGAGGAUCCCAAAGAGAUCCUGCAGUCUGUGUACGAGUGUAUGGAGAGAACCUGUGAGAAACUCACCCAGCUCAACAUCGACAUCUCCAACAUCAAAGCCAUUGGAGUGACCAAUCAGAGAGAGACCACGCUGGUUUGGGACAAAGAGACAGGCGAGCCCCUCUACAAUGCUAUCGUGUGGCUGGACCUGCGGACCCAGUCGACCGUGGAGCGACUGAUCAACAAGACACCUGGGAGAAACAAGAACCAUUUGAAGCACAAGACGGGUCUCCCCAUCAGUACGUACUUCAGUGCUGUGAAGCUUCGCUGGAUGAUGGAUAAUGUGGACGAGGUCGCUGAGGCAGUCCGGACACACAGAGCCAUGUUUGGCACCGUCGACUCCUGGCUUAUCUGGUGUCUGACAGGGGGGAAGAGUGGGGGAGUCCACUGCACAGACGUGACCAACGCCAGCAGGACCAUGCUCUUCAACAUCCACACCCUGGAAUGGGACCCAGAGCUCUGCAAAUAUUUUGAUAUUCCAAUGGAGAUUCUCCCAAAAGUGAGGAGUUCCUCAGAAAUCUACGGCUUAAUGAAAAUAUGUUCUAGCCUGAAAUCGGGCUCUCUUAGUGGCAUACCCAUCUCAGGGUGUCUUGGGGACCAAUCGGCUGCUCUUGUUGGACAGAUGUGCUUUAAGGAAGGGCAGGCCAAAAACACAUAUGGAACUGGCUGCUUUCUACUCAGAAACACUGGAGCCAAGCCUGUCAUGUCGGACCAUGGCCUACUAACCACGGUGGCGUACACUGGUCGAGACAAACCUGCCUGCUACGCACUAGAGGGCUCGGUGGCCAUAGCGGGGGCUGUGGUUCGCUGGCUGAAGGACAACCUGGGGAUCAUUCAGACUUCCACAGAGCUGGAGAAACUGGCGGCUUCAGUGGGCACGUCUUACGGUUGUUACUUUGUCCCGGCGUUCUCUGGUCUGUACGCCCCCUACUGGGAGCCCAGUGCACGAGGGAUAAUCUGUGGUCUGACUCAGUUCACUAACAAGAGUCACCUGGCCUUCGCUGCGUUGGAAGCUGUCUGUUUCCAGACUCGAGAGAUCCUGGAUGCGAUGAACCAGGACAGUGGCAUCCCUCUGACCCAGCUCCAGGUAGACGGGGGCAUGACCUCCAACAGACUACUGAUGCAGCUGCAAGCUGAUAUACUCUGCAUCCCCGUUGUGAAGCCCUCCAUGCCUGAGACCACUGCCCUGGGGGCGGCCAUGGCUGCGGGGUCAGCAGAGGGGGUCAGUGUCUGGAGCCUGUGUCCUGAGGACCUCAGUGAGGUCACCUCUGAGAAGUUUGAGCCACAAAUCAACCCUGAAGAGAGUGAGUUUCGAUAUGCUCGCUGGAAGAAGGCCGUACAGAGAGCCAUGAACUGGGAAACCACUGAACCCAUCUCUAAUGGAAACGGCCACAAGUAGACUGUGGCCCAUGAUGCAUUGCGGUGGAUGAGAAGAAGGGGCGGGUCCAGGAAAGGACACAUCCUGCUAUUCUCCAGUUUUACCGGACCACCGCCUCCCCAUUCCUUUGGUUGAAUGGCCAAAACACAAACAUCGUCAACGCUCCAAUCCAACUGUUGACCUGGAGCCCAGGGGCUGAUGGGAACUGUAGUGUGGAAUGGACCCAGUAUGAAUAAAUCUGGUGUUUAGGAAUGAUGUUGUUCUUCUCCAGAUCCUAACUGACACUGCUCUUCCUGUGUGACUGAGUGAAUGGGGGGUGUACUGUCUGACUGUGGGUGGUGAAUAUGGGAUGGAUUGUGUAUGCAAUGUCUUUCCAUGUCAUUUUUGGUUCCUUCUUUUUGUCAACGAUCAGUUUGUCUAAGGACAUUCACUAAUAUAGUGCUAUUCACGGAACACCAAAUUCUUCCUAAUCUAAUCCAAAAACAAUCUGUCAAUUCUAACAUUGGCCUGCCCUACUGUCAAUCUCACACCUCCCUCACUUCACUGUUGUGCUUGAACGAGUUCUUUCAACGUUAUCUUGGAAAUGUAGCCUAAUGUUGGGAAGGGCCCUCACAAUCAACUGCAAUGUGGGAUUUUGGAGCACUUUAUAGAUUUAGUUCUGGGUUUUCCUAGUAUGUAAAUGGCCUAAGAGAUAAACCUUUUAUAACCCUGUUUGGUUGAACACACUGCCUGCUGAGACCGUUCGGGUUGGAGAGCAGAACUUGAAUCUUGUGGCCCCAAGAAAUGGUAAUGCCUUCUCUUGCAUGGGUUAUUGUAAAGGACUAGUCUUAAGUAUCUCGCUGUACAAAUUGUGUAAGAAAAUGUGUUGGUUACUUUUAUAAGUUGCCAUGUAUAUAGACAGACUGAUGGUUAAAGAUGUAGUUGCCCCUAUGCACUGAUCUGGGGUUGGUAAUGUUCCCCCCAUGGAGGACUGGGGUAAGGUAAGCUGAUCCUAGAUCAGUGCUCUGGGGCAACUUAACUUCUUUGUCCCAUAUGGUACACUAUUCCCGAUGUAGAGUAUUACUUUUGACCAGGACCCAUUUGGGAAUCAGCCUGAGUAAGGGACCCAUUGUUUAUCUAUGAUUUCAUGUACUAAAAAGAAGUGACCGUCUCUAUGGCAACGGUAGAAGUGACCGCCUCUAUGGCAACGGUGGAAUACUACUGUAAAUUUGGCCAAUGGAUGCCUUUGAAUGCGUUGUCCAGAAUAAGCGUUUCAAACAUGCAAACACAUGAAGUGAAACUGAUAUGAAAGGUUUCGGGUUGGAAAACAUCAGACAUUAAGGUCUGGAUUCAAUCUGUAUCGCGGAAGAUCCGCGUUAUAGCUCGAUUAAAAUUUAAAGGCAAUGUUCGCGGAGACUGCAUUCACGGGUUAGCUCAAUCGCAAAUUAACUUUACAUUUUAACGCGGAUCUUCCGCAAUAUGGAUUGAAUCCAGCAAGGCAGCACAAUUCUUGCUUCUGACUACGGUGUCUCGAGUCUUUUAAUAUAUUUGCAAGUACUUUACAUUCUUACCCUUUUAAUAUGAAGUAAAAUGGAGACCAGUAUUGUUCAAGGGAACUUUCAAGCCACUCGAGGAUCAAUUGAGGUCUUUGGUUACUAUUGUCAUCAAGUAUGAUUAUGUAGCUAUACCCUAUACUGUGGAUAUGUAUAUUUCUCAUGUGUAUAUGUGUGAGAUUAAAGACCAGUUGUCCAAAUGUCAGCCUGUACAGACCUGCAUAUCAGGGUUAGGAAAAUGACAUUCAUUUUGAACUUCUAAUACUGCUGAUGAUUUUGAAUUAACAUAAAAAGUGCUCUGGCAUUUGAAUAAAAAUAAAUAAAAUGCA